CUUGAACUACCAAGGCUUCUGAAGCAACCAUCCAACAGAAUUAUCAAAGAACCUGUAUAAAGAUAUUCCACAGGAUUUUUUAUGAGAAAGAUGGAGAGCUGGACUUUGGUUAUGUGCCUCUUAAGUUCUGCAUUUGCAAUCCCACUACCACAACAUCCUGGUUAUAUCAAUUUCAGUUAUGAGGUGAUGACACCUUUGAAAUGGUAUCAGGGCAUAAUUGGACAUCAGUAUCCACGUUAUGGCUAUGAGCCCAUGGGAGGAUGGAUGCACCAUAAUGCAGGACCAAUGAUGCACCCAACUCACUUUCAUGGGGUCCAUGCAAUACACCCAGCUCUCCAUCAAAUGCAACCACUACAGCCCCCUCAGAACCCACAUUUGCAGCAACCAGGUCUUAACCCAUUUGUUCCACUAAAUGGGCAUAAUACAUUAAUUCCACACUAUCAGUCUGUACAGUAUCCACUUCAACCACAAACAGGCGAGCAUCCAAUGAAACCCCAGCCACCAGUAAAUCCAAAUCAAUCAAUGAACCCUCAGCAAUCAGGGAAUGCCAAUCAGCCCAUAUACCCACUACCUCCCCUUAUCCCAGAUACACCUCUUGAAUCAUGGCCAGCUGAUAAGACCAAGCAAGAAGAAGUGGAUUAAAGAAGUGAAGAUACCAGGAUUAAAGAAGUGAAGACAUCAGAACAGUGCAAGCAAAGCAAUAAUUUAGAUACUGUUACAUGCUCUCAAGAGUCCAAAGUUUUUCUGCAGUCAGUAAUAAAAGUAUCCAUUAAUCCAGAUUGAUAGAGAUUAUAGGUAGAAGCAGAUAAAACAAGAAAACAAAAAUUGUUCAAAUCAGUAAUUGUGGAGGUAUGAUUUUUGAAGUAUAACCAAUAAAAUAAUACAGCAUCAUUGCA